AUUUAUAUCAGACAUGAACACAAAUCAUAUUUUCGAGAUCGAGGCCGGAUGAAGAAGGACUCGAGAAGGCUGGUUUUCAAUAAAACUCCAUUGAUACUGUACUUGCUAAUUCUCCCUUUGUUUUAUGCUGCCAUUUUUUCAACAAAAUCAGUUUCGUAUGAUGAGUGGAAACAACUGUUAUCAAAUUGGAGAGCUCGGCUUGGCACCAGAAAUGUCGAUAACGAUGUACAAGAGCAAGAGUUCCAGAAAUUUAUUUUUAGAAGUCUAGUGACAGGAGAAGAUCGAACGCAACUUGAAACCACUGGAUUUGCUUGCAAUACUGCUGAGCACUCGGAAGUUUGUGUGACAAACAAACCGGUGAGGAUUGACACCAACACCAUGACAGUACAUGUGCUAUCAGACCAGCCUAUGCCACGAGGUCAUCGCAAUGUUCGGCCAUAUGCAAGAAGAGAAGAUGAGAACACCAUGAAUACCAUCACACCAGUUCAGAUACUUCAAGGAAACAAUAUCACACCACCAGCUUGCAAUUACACCCACAAUGUCCCAGCCGCCAUCUUUUCAACCAGUGGCUUCGUGGGAAACCUAUUCCAUGAAUUCAACGAAAUCAUCAUCCCAUUGUUCCUCACAACCUACCAUUUCCAAUCCAAUCUACAAUUUAUCGUCGUUGAUUACAAGCCUUAUUUUGUCAAUAAAUAUAACCGGAUUUUAGCCCAUUUGUCUCCUUAUGAGGUCAUAAAUCCGGCUUCAAAUGGUAGUAGUGUGCAUUGUUUUACAGGAAUGGUGGUUGGGCUUCAGUUCCAUAACAAUCUAGCCAUAAAUUCUAGUGAUCUCCCAGAAGGGUAUUCAAUGCUGGACUUCAAACAGUUUCUUCGAGAAGCAUAUAAUCUUAAGGUAAAGAGUAGUGUUGUGUCAAAGAUAGAGCAACCGGUGUUGGUGCUUAUAUCGCGUAAAGGAUCAAGAAUGUUUCUGAAUGAGGAUGAGAUGGGGGGCAUGAUGGAAGAGCUAGGGUUUCGCGUUGUCGUGGUGACCCCAAACAGGAUGGCAAAUUUAGACAAGUUUGCCAGUGUUGUGAACUCCUGCAGUGUGAUGGUUGGUGCACAUGGUGCUGGCCUAGCAAAUGAAGUGUUCUUGCCUACCGGGGCAGUGAUGGUGCAAGUGGUGCCAUGGGGGCUGGAGUGGGCCUCAAAUGCCUACUUUGGUGAACCAGCUCCGGGCAUGGGUGUGAAGUACAUGGAGUACAAGAUUGAAGCAGAGGAGAGCUCGCUUGUCGAUACUUAUGGCCGAGAUCACGAGGUCAUUGUGGAUGUAGGUGCUGUAUUUGCAAAGGGCUACCAUGCAGCCAGGGCUGUAUAUGUUGAUGGGCAGAAUAUGAAGAUCGAUCUUGUGAGGUUUAGAAAGACUCUUAUUGAAGCACUUAGAUUUCUUGGACAGUCAUCUCCUACACCUACAAAUUGAAGAACUUGUUUUCAAGAUUAAUUCUUUAAAUUUAUCACCCUGGGAAGAUCAAUAAAUAUUUAGUCACGCAUGGUAAUUAAUACUGUUUUGUAAAGCAAUAAGAUCACUCAGAAGGUAUGUAAUUAUCAGAAAAUGGUAAGAUGUUUUAUUGGUGUAAGCAACUUCAUGCAUGCUUGCUCUUCUAUUUAUUAUUUUCUUUUAA